UUCAGCUCGUAGCCACACAGCUUAGACAACAUGAGGCCCAGCAGCUUCUUGGUCCUGGUGGUGGUCCUUAUCCUGGGGAUUCUGGCGGCACAGGCCGCUAUCACUGGAGGGCAAGGCACUGACAAAGGUCGUGUUCCGGUCAAAGGACAAGAUCCGGUUAGAGGUCAAGAUCCAGUCAAAGCCAAAGGUCCCGGGUCCACUAAGCCUGGCUUCUGCCCCCACAUUCUGAUCCAGUGCGCCAUGUUGAACCCCCCGAACCGCUGUCUGAGCGACACCGAGUGCCCGGGGGCCAAGAAGUGCUGUAAGGGCCCUUGUGGGCUGGCCUGCUUGGAUCCCCAGUGAGCCAGGUGGAGCCUGUCCUUGCUGCACCUGGGAAGUCCCCAGGGCUGCUGGUUCUGGCCCCUGUCGCAUGGCCCUCUGCCUCCCUGGGCGUUCCGCCUCCCGCUCAGGAUGCCCAAGUCUGGGCUUGGCUGCCUCCCUUCUUGACUUUGUAAUAAAAGACGACUUUCUGCUUC